ACAAACCAAAAUGGCGACUGCCACAGAUUUAGCACCGUGACAGUUCGACCGAAAUUGUGCAACUCUUCAGUGUUUUCAAAAUAGACCUGAACCGUCUAAAACUACAUGACCUUGCCUGUUUGGAUCUUAAUUUUGAAUUUAAUGAAUUAAUUGGUUGGUAAAUUGUUGUUGUGUACCUACAGUAAAACAAGGAUCCAUGUUACAGUGUCUUGCUAGCAGAUAUCUAGCUAGCUAAUGCAAGGUUAUCUAGCUAUUGAGCUAAGAUUACAUUGCUAGUCCUAAUAACAUAGUCAUUAUUUUACAGUGAAGGUCCCCCCUGCAAUAGUACAGAUGGCACCAGUGUAAUUGUGUAAACUGACCUGGGUUUAUGUACUUAUUCAUGUUCCAGACCAUGGCCCUUCACAGACUAUCCUUCAGAUUACGACAAACGGUAGCGCAGGUGCGGCCGCUCCAUGGCAGUGGGUGUGGCCAGCAGCAGGAGGCGGUUGGCAUGGAGACGAGACCGGAGACAUUCUCCAUCUUCAGAACACAGGAGAACGACCCGGCCUGUCAGUCAGAUCAGCACCUAGGGCAGUACUACACUGUGCCCCCCUCCCACUUCCACACUGUCUUCCCCCAUGGCCUGCCUCCACGAUACCAACAACAGGUGAAGACGUUUAACGAGGGCUGUGUGAUGGUGAGGCAGCCAGCUCUGGAGCUGAUAUCUCACCUGAAGAGAGCCAACUACAGCAAGCCCACCCUGCGCUACCUACUCUAUGGGGUGAAGGGCAGUGGGAAGACCAUGUCUCUCUGUCAUACUGUCCACUACUGCUCCACACAGGGAUGGCUAGUACUACACAUACCAGAUGCCCACCUGUGGGUGAAGAACUGUAAGGAGUUGUUGCCCUCCUCCUACCACACCUCCCGCUUUGACCAGCCAAUACAGGCCUCCAACUGGCUACGCAACUUCAGAACCACCAAUGAACACUUCCUCUCCAAGAUCAAGUUGAGGCAGCGGUACGUGUGGACUAAGAGGGAGAGCACUGAGGAGGGACGGCCACUAGGGGAGCUGGUGGACAUGGGAGUGUCUCGUGUGAAGAGCAGCAGUGAUGUGGUGGGGGCGGUUCUAAAGGAGCUGAGGCUACAGGCUGGGGGGACAGAGGGGGGCUUCAGGCUGGCUGUGGCUGUUGAUGGAGUCAACGGUCUCUGGGGAAGGACCACGCUCAAGAAGGAGGACAAGAGCCCUGUGGCUCCAGAGGAGUUGACGUUGGUUCAUAACUUGAGGAAGAUGAUCAACAAUGACUGGUGUGGAGGGGCGGUCAUCGCCACUCUGUCUCAGACAGGGUCUCUCUACGCUCCAAGCUCUGCCUACCUGCCCCAGGAGCUGCUGGGAGAGGAGGGCUUUGACAGCAUGGACCCGUUUGUCCCAGUACCAGUCUCCCUCUACAGUGAGAAGGAGUUUGAGAGCUGUUACCUCUACUACCUGGACCGCCACUGGCUACAACACCCACACAGUCAGACAGAGGAAGGAAAGAAAGAACUGAUCUUCCUCAGCAACAGAAACCCUUCUGUACUGGAGAGACUGUGUGCCUUCCUGUAACAUCACACAUGGACCCACACCCUCCCACUCACACACACACACCCAUAAUUAUGGACAAACCAUAGAGAUAGAUAGAGGACUCAUCUUUAUAUCUGUGCCUUUACAGCGUCUGUGACAGCAUGGGCAGCCCUAUUGAGGCUACAACCCAUAGGAAUCCCCACUCAGUUGACUACUUUGAAAUUGCAUGGUGGAAGCCCUCGAUAGUGCUACCCACACAAGGCCACUAGCGGCCUCUAUCAUUUUCUAUGGGACAAACGCCAAUACAGACUCACACAUAACUGCAAUGUUAUAAUCCAUGUAUAUGUGUGUAUCCCUCCAUAAAUUAUUCUGGUGUGAUGCAU